AUGAAGAUCCAAAUAGUUCUCUUUAUUGUCUUCAUAGUCAGUACCCGAGCUCAAAGCAACAAUACAUCUUCAACGGAUUUAAUGAAUUCUGAAGUAAAAGAUGCGAAGUUCGAGAUAUCUGGAAAGAAAAUAUUGAAUAUAUUUAAUUGGUUUUUAAGUUCCUUUAAGAGUGAAGAUAGUUUUAUGGGUAGAUGUAUCGGAAUGGCCAGACGUUUGAAGUUCGUGAUGCCUUUUCUGCUCUUCAAACUAGGCGUAAUAGUAACCAUUCUCGGAUUCCUGACUCUGUUUUCCAUGAAAGGCUUGGGUAUCGGACUCUUGCUGCUGAUGAUCAACGCGGGUGGAUUUUUCGGGAAAUUGGCUUCGCUGAAAUCGGGUCACGAUCAUGGCCAAAAGGAGUAUUACAUACCGCAAGCGCCAGCUCCAGCGGUGCAUCUGCAUGUGCAUAAGGAUGGUAUCAGUCAUGGACAUGGAUAUUCCCAUGGACAUUACGAGGAAGCGCCUACAGCGUGGUCGGAUCGCGUUAGUCAGGGCUUGAGCGAGUCCAAAACUCUUGGUGAAAAGGCGGAAUUGAUUGAUUUGUAUAAAAGGUUGGGGUUCAAUGUGAACAGUGCUAUAAACAGGGAGAGUACACAUAAUGAUAUCAAGAAAUACCUGA